AUGUUGGCCAGGAAGAGUAUCAUCCCUGAAGAAUAUGUGCUUGCACGGAUUGCUGCUGAGAACCUUCGCAAGCCACGCAUCCGGGACCAGCCCCGCAAAGCUCGUUUCAUCGCCAAGAGCGGGGCGUGCAAUUUGGCGCACAAGAACAUCCGCGAGCAGGGCCGCUUCUUGCAAGACAUCUUCACCACCCUGGUGGACCUGAAGUGGCGCCACACGCUGGUGAUCUUUACCAUGUCCUUCCUGUGCAGCUGGUUGCUCUUUGCCAUGAUGUGGUGGCUGGUGGCUUUUGCCCAUGGAGACAUGGAUGCUAGCACCGAGAACUGUACAGGCAGUACUAAGUGGACACCAUGCGUGACAUGUGUCAGGUCUUUCACUUCUGCCUUCCUCUUCUCCAUUGAAGUUCAAGUGACCAUUGGUUUUGGGGGCAGAAUGAUGACAGAGGAAUGUCCCAUGGCCAUCACUGUCCUGAUUCUGCAGAACAUCGUAGGUUUGAUUAUCAAUGCCGUCAUGCUGGGCUGCAUAUUUAUGAAAACUGCCCAGGCUCACAGAAGGGCAGAGACCUUGAUUUUCAGCCGGCAUGCGGUAAUUGCCGUUCGGAAUGGCAGACUUUGCUUCAUGUUCAGAGUGGGAGACCUGAGGAAAAGCAUGAUCAUCAGUGCCUCGGUGAGAAUACAAGUAGUGAGGAAGACGACUACACCAGAGGGGGAGAUCAUCCCUAUACAUCAGCAAGACAUCCCGGUGGAUAACCCUAUUGAAAGCAAUAACAUUUUCCUGGUGGCUCCUUUGAUCAUUUGCCAUGUCAUAGACAAGCGGAGUCCUCUCUAUGAUAUAUCUGCUAGUGACCUAGUGAACCAAGAUUUAGAACUUAUAGUGGUACUUGAAGGAGUAGUAGAAACCACUGGCAUCACCACGCAAGCAAGAACAUCUUACAUAGCAGAGGAGAUCCUGUGGGGCCACCGCUUUGUGCCCAUCGUAACAGAAGAGGAAGGCGUGUAUGCGGUUGAUUACUCCAAGUUUGGCAACACAAUCAAGGUAGCUGCUCCGCGGUGCAGUGCUAGGGAGCUGGAUGAAAAGCCUUCCAUUCUCAUCCAGACUCUUCAGAAAAGUGAGCUGUCUCAUCAAAACUCUCUGCGGAAACGCAAUUCCAUGAGGCGGAACAAUUCCAUGAGGCGGAACAACUCCAUGAGGCGGAACAACUCUUCCCUCAUUGUGCCCAAAGUACAGUUUAUAACGCCCGAGGGGAAUCAGAGUAUGUGCGAAACGUGA